GAAACCAAGCCAGGCGCUGAACCGAGGUGCAUGAUCUUUUGUAUUUAAAAAGCAAGAAGUACAAGAUUUAACGGACACUUGCCAAAACAAUCGCUGCUCACUCGCUAACUCUCUCUGUCACUCUUGGUUAUGGCUGGCGAGAUCGCAGAUGGAAACCCAAGGUUCUUCGUGGCGGUUCACGUAGGUGCGGGAUAUCACGCCCCUUCUAACGAGAAAGCGCUGAGGUCUGCCAUGAAACGCGCUUGUCUCGCUGCCGCCUCUGUUCUUGGCCAGGGUUCUGGUAGAUGUAUUGAUGCUGUGACAGCCGCUAUUCAAGUGUUGGAGGAUGAUCCGAGUACAAAUGCAGGGCGAGGCUCCAAUUUGACGGAAGAUGGUCAUGUGGAAUGUGAUGCUAGUAUCAUGGAUGGGGAUUCUGGAGUAUUUGGAGCCGUUGGAGCAGUGCCCGGUGUCCAAAAUGCCAUCCAGAUUGCUGCAACCUUGGCCAAGGAACAAAUGAUGGGGUCUUCAUUGUUGGGUCGAAUACCUCCCAUGUUCUUGGUAGGAGAAGGUGCCCGAGUUUGGGCAAAGUCCAAAGGUAUUGCUUUACCGGCUACCAUAACUGAGGCAAAUCAGUGGCUGGUGAUUGAGCGGGCAAAAGCACAGUGGAAAAAGUAUAAAUCAUUGCUUGUGGAUGCCAAAUUUAAGACAGAGAAUACCGCUGAAGGACUUGCUUGUGAACCAAGGGAGACAGUUAACACUUCAGAAGUGCAAGCUCAACCUUGUGAAGCUUUGAAAGAGAAUGGGGAAGGUCAGUUAUCUGUAAAACAUGCAAUGGAAGAAGAUAGCAUCAUGGACACUGUUGGAGUCAUUUGUGUUGACACUGAAGGACACAUAGCAUCCGGGGCCUCAAGUGGUGGUAUUGCUCUGAAGGUUAGUGGGCGUGUGGGAUUGGCAGCAAUGUAUGGUUCAGGCUGUUGGGCUUCCUCUAAAGGCCCCUUUGGAGCCCCAUUCAUAGUUGGUUGUUGUGUAACUGGUGGCGGAGAAUACCUGAUGAAAGGAUUUGCAGCUCGAGAGUGCUGUGUCUCCUCAUCACUUUCACAGGUUGGUCCUGCAUCUGCUUGCAUGAAAGUUUUACGCCCUAUUGUUCAAGACAGCAGUCAAAAAGGUACUGAUAAAAGUGCGGGGAUUUUGCUUGUGCAAGCUGAUGCUCCUGUGAUGGUUGCAGGUUAUCCACCAAAGCUGAAGUCAAUAGAGAUAGCGGCUGCUUAUUCUUCCUUGUCUUUUGGAUUUGGAUAUUUUGGAAGCUCUAUGGAACGGCCCAAGGUCUCGGUUCUUCGCAGCACGAGACAGCAAAGUAAAACUGGGAUAGACCACUUUGAAGCGCGAAUUGAUCUUUCUGACAAAACAUUGCUGUGAAUGUAAUUUUGUUUGACUGAAAAAAUUCUGAAUUUAAAAUCUUGUCGAAUGCUAUAGAUACUCAUUCAAUGUGUAGUCAUAAUGGUUGAGAUAAUGAAGCUCGCCAAAGAGUUUCUUCAAAAAGGAGCUCUGACACUGUCCUUGCAUUUGGCAGAAAUGGCAACAGUUAACUACCUCCCA